AUGUCGGAUGACGGACGAACAUUAACGAAGGAGGAUUUGAGUCAAUUACCUUCAAGAAGAGAAUAUAAGGAAUUAGUGGAACAGGCAGAAAAAUUCAAUGAUCGAACUUGUGCUCCUCUCGUAAAGUAUGAAAUAGGGAAUUAUACAGAUGACGGAUCUGUCAAGGAUCAAAUUAUAAAGGCACUGUGUUAUAUACAUAAAAUGGAAAAUAAGGAAGGAAGGAAGAAAGAGUGGUUUCAUCUUUUCUAUUAUUGGAUGGGUGAAAUGCUAUUAGGGAAAUUACAAGAAGGGAAGUUUUCGAGUGCCAUGGAAAACUGUGCAAAAGAAAUUCGUCAACUGGACAACGAAAGUACAAAAUUUUCUAUGUACGCACCGGAUAAUGAAGAAUUAUUCAAAGGCAUGAAGAAACUAUUUGAUUACAAGAUAGACCAAGAAUUCAUGAGGACAGUGGUAAGUCCAGAAGGAGAACAUUGUCCUAAAGAAUAUCAAACAUAUCUGCUGAAUGUCAGGACAGCCUACCUUAAAGUGUAUGGCGCUUGCAAAUCUGCGAAUGGUAAAGGAUGGUGUAAGGAUUUUGAAGAGUUAUAUGGAAAAAUAGAGGAUGGGGAAAACUUCAGGUCAGAGUAUGAUCUAAUUAGAAUGGUAGAAUAUGCACACAAAAAUGGUGCCCUUCCCAAGGCGGAGUCAUUGAAGUCCAAUAUAACGGACUCCUUUGGCAAUAUCGAUAUUCCUUCUUAUACUUUCCUUGGAAUAGCAACUCCCUUAAUCACCUUCUUCUUCUACAAGUAUAUUUCCCUAUUAGUCCCACAAGGACAUAAAUCUCCAAAAGGAAGUGGUAGAAGAGGAAAAAGAAGUUUUGUUAAACGUGAAUUUGACGACGACGACACACUCACACAGAACGAUGACGACUCGAGAACAGAAUAUUCAACACUUGGUUCAACAAUAUAUGAUAGAACAGAUGUUUCUACCAUAUAUGAUCGUGAAAUACUGCUCGUAACUUCCCUCCUUCUUCCUUAG